GUUGCUUUGAGAAGUGCCUGCAGUUAAACAUAUCCGGGUGAAGCAGUCGACAUGCUGCUCAUCAUCACACUCAUGGCUACUUUAUUUUGACAACACUCAGUAGUUAUGCCUCUGGUAGUGAUGUGCGGUUAUCCCUGCAGUGGUAAAACACGAAGGGCAGAAGAACUGAAGGUGUAUUUUGAACAGAACUGUGACCGGAAGGUUCAUGUUGUGGGAGACGGAGGCCUGGACGUUGACAAAAACACUGUUUACGCAGAUUCCCAGAAGGAAAAAAAUGUCAGAGCAUCUCUGAAAGCUGCAGUAGAGAGGAAAGUCGGCAAGGAUGACAUUGUAAUUUUGGAUUCAUUGAAUUACAUAAAAGGCUACCGCUAUGAACUGUUCUGUCUCAUCAAACAUGCACAGACACCACACUGUCUGGUGUACUGUUUGACAUCAGAUGAAGUGAGUUCAACAUGGAAUGCCAACAGAGAUGCUGCUGAGCAGUACACCCAGGACAUCUUUGAUGCAUUAGUGCUGAGGUUUGAAGCUCCAGACUCCAGAAACAGAUGGGACAGUCCUCUCUUCACCAUCCUGAAAGAGGACUCGCUUCCUUAUGAAGCCAUUUCUGAUGCACUUUUCAAAAGAAAAGCACCCCCACCUAAUCAGUCUACACAAAGUCAACCAUUGUCAUCUGCAAACUUCUUGUAUGAGUUGGACAAGACCACACAAGAUGUGUUAAUGGCAAUUUUUAACGCACAGAAGACGAGCGUACCUGGGGAUCUCAUUUCAGUUCCAGGAGCAACAGAAAAGAUUGAGCUCACCAGGAGCAUCAACAUGGCAGAGCUGAGGAAGUUACGGCGCCAGUUCAUCAGCUACACCAAGAUGCACCCGACAGAGAACACCGGGCAGAUUUCCAAUAUGUUUGUGCAGUAUUUAAACAAGAGUCUUCACUGACAUUUUAUAGCAUUGGUUUUGUGUUUUUUUGUUGUUUUUUUCUGACAAAUAAAUGUAUUUAAAUAUUU